CGCAGUUUUGCUGCAGCAGCUGUCUGGUGAGACCAGCGGCAAACAUCACUGACUGUCUGGCUGCAGUGUGAAAUGCGAACUCUAGGCCGCUAAUUUUGCACAAAAAAAGACUAAAAUAAGCACGAAAUUGAACUGGUGAAAUUCAAGUAAUCCCAAACUGUAGCUGUUCCCUCUCUAUUUUGGUUCUGACCAAGAGGAUAUUAUUCUACAAAUGGAUAAUGGAGACUGGGGCCAUAGGAUGACUACUCCUGUUACUUUGAACGUGGGAGGCCACCUCUACACUACCAGCUUAUCCACCCUUCAGCGUUACCCAGACUCCAUGCUGGGUGCUAUGUUCAGAGGAGAUUUCCCCACAACCCGUGACUCCCAGGGGAAUUAUUUUAUAGACCGCGAUGGAACUCUUUUCCGAUAUAUUCUGAACUUCCUGCGGACGUCUGAGCUCACUCUCCCCGUAGACUUCACAGAGACAGACCUCCUAAGGAAAGAGGCCGAUUUCUACCAGAUUGAACCUCUGAUCCAGUGCCUUAAUGAUCCCAAACCCCUGUACCCUCCUGACAUAUUUGAGCAGGUUGUUGAGCUCUCCAGCACACGAAAACUGUCAAAAUACUCCAACCCCGUUGCUGUUAUCAUCACACAGCUAACCAUAACUACAAAGGUUCACGGCCUUCUUGAAGGGAUUUCCAACAACUUCACCAAGUGGAACAAACACAUGAUGGACACCAGAGACUGUCAGGUGUCGUUCACUUUUGGACCAUGUGACUAUCAUCAAGAGGUGUCCCUAAGGGUUCACCUCAUGGACUAUAUCAUGAAACAAGGCUUCACCAUCCGUAACACGCGUGUGCAUCACAUGAGUGAGCGUGCAAAUGAGAACACAGUGGAGCAUCACUGGACUUUCUGCAGACCAGCUCACAAAGUGGAGGACUGAGUGACUGCAGAGUAGUUGUGGAUGUUUGAUUUGUCCUCAUAUUACACAAAUCAUGAUUAAAGAUGAACAAAUUGACCUAUAUUUCUGUAAUGAAUCAUAAACAAGAUUUUUGUCCUUUCUGUAAUCAAAGUGGUACAAUGUCUAGAACUCAAGAUUAGUCCAGACAGAAAGCACAAAGACACUACAUUUUUGAAUUAUUUAUUUAUUCAUCUUAAUGUAACACUUCUACAUUUUUGAUGAGGUUGACCAAAAAAAUAACAUUCCUUAUGAAACAGAAAGGCCCAGUAAUGUGGAAUGCUUUUAUUUUGGGAACUAAAUAAUUCUAGACCUGUUUUUACAGAUAUGAUUAUGAUUUGAUGUGGAUCUAACACUUGCAUCUGUUAAUUCUGAAGUCAGUAAAAAGUGAUUGUAAAAAGGUGGCCAUGAUUUGAGACUUUGUGCCUACCUGUUGUAUAUUGCCAAACCUAAACUUAGAAAUUAACUAUGUAAUUUUAAAUAUUUGAGGGAAAAGAAGGAAAGCUUGGACCCCAUUCAGUAGCUGCCCCUGUCAUUUUCUAGACAGGAGAGGACCUGAACAAAGAUCUCUUUUGGAUCCUGAGUAGUCAGGAGUGUUCCUUUUUUAAUAAUAGUAAAUUAUGAUUAUCUUUUGCCCAGUUUCUUUCUGGUGAGUUUACAGUAGAUCCUCAAAUUAGUCGUAGUCUUAGCUCUCUAUUAUCUCCUAAUUAUGCUACUAUUUCUUAAGACCCAAGUUGUUGCAUGUGUCUGAGUGUCCAGUCUAUAUAUAUAUGUGUGUGUGUAUGCUGUGUGUGCUUUGCAGUAUUGUCAUAAUGCUCAUAUCAACAGUGAUGUGUUUGAUCACUCCAGCCAAAAUAAACCCAUUUGUGUAUUUGUCACUCAUU